AUGCGCCGGAUGCCGAAACGCGAGAAGGACUACUUGGCGGAUGUGCGAGCUUCAACCUCGUCUCGAUUCAACGAAAAAGAAUUCGCGCAUUUAACGCCCGCCAUGAUAGAGGAGUACACGCGACGGUUCGAGAAGAACGAACCGAAGUUGAACCCAGAUACGAGUCGGUACGAAGUUCCUCCGCCUUCGGUGAAACACAAGACGAACGCGAGCAAAUGGGAAGAGAGCGUCGCCAACGCGAAGAGUCAGUUGGAACACACGGCGUUGAGGAUGCAAAACUUAGAGUUGAUGCAAAAAUACGCCGCGAACGCGUGGAGGAAACACUUAGAGGAGUUGGAAGAGGUGGUGAAGGAGUACGAAGGUUUAGUUCGAAAGGUGGACGAUCAGUUAGAAAUGGUGAAUUCGAAGAGGAGGUUGUCCCAAGAGGAAGCGCAGGGACAUUUGAGAGAAUUGAACGACGAGUGGAUUUCGAUGACGAGGAAGUGCGCUUUGAUAGAGGAGAAGUUGAGGCAAAUGGAGAAAGACGAAGAGAUUGGAAUGCAAUGA